AUGAUAAUUUCACGAUUUACUUACAGUUUAUUAUUUAUUGUUACAACUUGUUUGAUAGCAGCGACUGGUGGUAGUGAUGAUAGGGAAGCUAAUUCUCCAACGAACAGAAGUGUCAAUGAUAAUCCGCUUAUCAACGGCCAGGAGUCUUUAGAGAAUUUACUUGAAUACCAUAACAUCGCUCCAGAGAAACGGGAAGCUAUGAUAACUAUAAUGUCGGAUAUUGCUGAAAGUGAAGGUGACACACUUGCUUCGGUUGAAAAAUUGAAAAAAGAACCGAGUUUCAAAAGUUUAAGAGAACUUUGGGCUUCUUUAACAUUGAAUUUAUUGACGAGUAACGGAGGUGGCGCUAGCACAAGUGCAAACGUGUCACAUCCUCGCAAUUCGUCCGGACAAAAUGAUGAAGAUAGUGGAACAUCACAACACAGUACGCAGAAUACCCAAGAUUUAUCUACACAGUCAGAAAAUGCAGGUACAACGAAUGAACAGAAUCAAUUUGACGAGCGUACUCCAUCCAAUAAACCCGGAAGAUAUAAUGUUCAGCAAAAAACCACAACGAAAAUGAUCGAGAUAACAAAGUAUACAAGAAAGACCACUACAAGAGCGCAACUGGGACCGAGAGAAGAUGAUCGUGUAGAGGUCAGAAGUGAGAAU